AUGUCUAUUAAUAUCUAUCUCUGUUUAUAUCUGUCUCUCUAUCUAUGUUCAUAUCUAUCUCACUCUCUAUGUUCAUAUCUAUCUAUGUUCAUAUCUACCUAUCUAGCUAGCUAUCUAGCUAUCUCUGUUCAUAUCUAUCCAUCUAGCUAUCUAGCUAUCUACCUAGCUUCCUAUCUCUGUUCAUAUCUAUCUAUCUAUCUAUCUAUCUCUGUUCAUAUCUAUCUAUCUAUCUCUGUUCAUCUCUAUCUAUCUAUCUAUCUAUCUAUCUAUCUAUCUAUCUAUCUCAGUACCUAUCUCUUUCCCCCGUGGCAAACAAAGAGUAACCCCGUGUUGACCAACAGUACCCUCCUGCUGACCAAGAGUUCCUCGACGUUGACCAAGAGUUGCCCCUCUCCCGGGCCGACCAAGAACUCCCUACGUGCUGGCCAAGAGUGUCUCUGUUCUGACCAAGCGUUCCACUCGUGCUGGGCAAGUAAUCCACCCGCACCAAACAGGAGUUUGCCCGUGCUGACUAGGUGUUUGCUCGUGCUGAACAAGAGGACCUACAAGCUGACCAAGUGUUUCUUCCGUGCUGAUCAAGUGUUCCACCCGGAUCGACCAAGAGUUCGCCCGUGUUGA